CGGAAGGGCAUGAGGAGCGCAGAUUUUUAAAGAACAGAAUUCCCCUGUAUGACCCUGCCAUAUCGAUCCUGGGAGGAGGCAGUCACGUUAUGAGCUGGGGGCACAACCAUAUGCAGAGAUUCUAUGGGAAGAAGGCGGCUCACAGGAACGAGGUCCAGAAGCGACAGCACGAGCGGUACGUCCGGGCAGAAGAGGUCGCGAACAGCCCUCAGCUCCGCUGCUGGAACAGACCAGGAAGAUUACCCAGAAUGCAUUGCUGAAGGCUUCCCCAUAUAACAGCUGCUGCACCAGAGGGAUGUUACAUUUAAGGGUGUUGUGGCGAGGUUUUCUUUCCUACCCCUAUUGGCUCCUGCCAGGAGAUGUGAGGAGGACGAGCAGUUCUAAGGUGGAGGAGCCGCCCCAAUCCUCACCAUCUCCACAGAGCAGCAGUUCAGUAUAUACUCAGCAGGACCUGCACAAGACCCCAGCCGAGACCUCCAGUCCUGAUCCAAGGAGCGGCUCCACAGGUGAACAUGCUGCAAUAACCUGGGUAUACGGUAUGUGCAGACGGUCUCAAUCCCAGACAACCAGUAAAACUAAGAACAAGAUUCAGAAAGGUGAAGAUUCGAAUGACGACCCUGAGAGAAGGCAAGUAAUGGAGCACUAUCUGUCUCUGAGGAGCUCUGAGUGGAUUCCAGAUGGCACAGGGAAAUGGGUGAAAGAUGAAAAUGUGGAGUUUGACUCUGAUGAGGAGGAACCUCCAGCAAUGCCACCACCAUGACACAAGGUCAGGGACAGAGAUGCAGAGCACCCAGCUGGACCUCCGUCACUGGGAACCUCCUUAUGUAUUGCUGUACACCUCUUAACUUGCAGUUUAUCUCAUGGCCUGCUAGAGGGUGCUGUAUCUAUAAGAAUUAUUUUCUGUAAGGUA